CGUUUCCUGAUAAGCUGUCUGACAACAAGCACAGCGGCUCAUGGAUCCAGAGACUUAUCGGGCUUUCUGGGAUUUGGAGAAACGUGGCAGGUUACAGUGACUCAGUGGGCUGAAUGAAAUUAUUUUAGCUUAUGCGAAUAAGAGGAGACACACGUUGGUGGCUAGUUGUCAACGCUUCGGAGGGAGGGCUAUACUCGUGAUGUAGCUGCCUACCUGUAACUGCUAACAACCCAACUGGCUACUGUGAGGGGGUUUAAGAGUCAGACAACUAUGGAUGAGGACUUCCCAACCUUGAAACCGAGACGCAUCCAAAAUCAGAAUGUGGUCCAUCGUCUUGAGAAGCGUAGGAUCUGCUCCGGUCGACCUGGAGCUCACUGGUACCGAGUGCGCUGUUUCCACCAGAACCUGUUCCCCAACUUCACUGUGGUUAAUGUGGAGAAGCCACCCUGCUUCCUCAGGAAAUUUUCACCAGAUGGACGCUGUUUUAUCGCCUUCUCCUCUGACCAAACCUCCCUAGAGAUAUACGAAUACCAAGGCUGCCAGGCAGCUCAGGAUCUGCUUAGAGGCCAAGAAGGAGAGACUCUUCUCACCACCAACGAUCAGCGCUCCCUCAACAUCCGAGGACGCCUGUUUGAGCGCUUUUUCUCUUUGCUCCACGUUACAAAUGUGGCCUCGAAUGGAGAGCACCUGAACCGGGAGUGCAGCCUCUUCACAGACGACUGCCGCUAUGUCAUUGUCGGAUCGGCUGUUUAUGUCCCUGAGGAGCCGCCCCCAUUCUUCUUUGAGGUGUACCGCAACAAUGAAUCCGUGACUCCCAACCCCCGGUCUCCUUUAGAAGACUACUCUCUCCACAUCAUCGAUCUCCACACUGGUAGGCUGUGUGACACCAGGUCCUUUAAGUGUGACAAAAUCAUCCUGUCACACAACCAGGGCCUCUACCUCUACAGGAACAUCCUGGCUGUGCUGUCGGUCCAGCAACAGACCAUCCAUGUCUUCCAGGUGACUCCAGACGGAACUUUUCUGGAUGUGAGGACUAUCGGUCGGUUCUGUUAUGAGGACGACCUCUUGACUCUUUCAGCUGUUUAUACAGAAACUCAGGCUGAGAAUCAGCCAGGCUUCGCCCGUCUGUACACCGACAAAACCAUCAACUCCCUCAAGCACAGACUGUUGGUCUACCUCUGGAGGAGGGCAGAGCAGGACGGCAGCGCCACAGCCAAGAGGAGGUUUUUCCAGUUUUUUGAUCAGCUGAAACGUUUAAGGAUGUGGAAGAUGCAGCUGUUGGAUGAGCAUCACCUCUUCAUCAAAUACACCAGCGAAGACGUGGUCACGCUCAGAGUUACCGACCCCUCGCAGCCAUCCUUCUUUGUUGUGUACAACAUGGUGUCCACGGAGGUGCUGGCUGUCUUCGAGAACACCUCCGACCAGCUGCUGGAGCUGUUUGAGAAUUUCUGCGACCUGUUCAGAAAUGCUACCCUGCACAGCCAAGCUGUCCAGUUCCCCUGCUCUGCUUCAUCAAAUAACUACGCACGACAGGUCCAGAGAAGAUUUAAGGACACUAUUGUGAAUGCCAAAUACGGCGGCCAUACCGAAGCGGUGCGUCGGCUGCUGGGUCAGCUGCCCAUCAGCGCACAGUCCUACAGCAGCAGCCCUUACCUCGACCUCUCCCUCUUCAGCUAUGAUGACAAGUGGGUGUCAGUGAUGGAGAGGCCUAAGACCUGCGGAGACCACCCCAUCAGAUUUUAUGCACGUGACUCCGGCCUGCUGAAGUUUAAGAUCCAGGCGGGCCUGCUGGGACGGCCGGUUAAUCACGCUGUGCGUCGCCUGGUUGCCUUCACCUUCCACCCUUUCGAACCCUUUGCCAUUUCUGUCCAGCGCACCAACGCAGAGUACGUGGUCAACUUCCACAUGAGACAUGUGUGCGCGUGAGGAGCUGGCGUAAAAAUGGACUCACACUUGGAGACAAACUGCGGGCCUGUUGGGCUUCUGUUAGCAGCUACUGGUGACAAUACAACAAACAUGUCGGGAGGCACAAAACACUUUGUUCUCUUAGUCGCCGUCUCCUCCUCCAGAGAAAUCAGCAGCCCUCUCUCUGCAUUCUUCUCCUGAUGGAAACCACUGUUCCUCUCCUCUUUCCCCUGCCAUCACGCAGCACUCACUGCGCCUCAGCCCCUUCUCUCCCUCGGUGAGAAGGCUGCAAUUCUGCCUUUUCCCUUUUGCCUUCUCUUUGCCCCUUCCUCCACCAAACAAAGAGCGACCUGUAGGGAGGAGAGGCUGGAAUAAGUGUAAAUGGAGAUGUGUAGAGAGUGAUUGAUGUGCAGCUGAGGUGGGAGCUGUAGGUAGCCGGACCUCUUAGAAGGAACCAAAGGUGUUUUCUUUUUCCUGCCGUGCACAUUCAGGUCCGAAUUUCUUAUCUGGUCGGUGAGCAGCAGUCAAGCAAACUUUCUUUUUCCUCACAUGGAUGUGGAAAGAGGUCGUGUUAUUUUAUAUUUGUUUUACAGUUUUUUUGUUUUUUUGUUUUUGUUUUUUAAUUUACAUGCUACUGUUUGUAUAUAUUUUAUGGCAAUAAAAUGAUCUACAUUUUGG